UGCGCACCCGCACGCAGCCAGGCCCCGCCUCGCGUCCGGCCCGCGAAUCCCGAGCGAGCAGCCCGGUGGUGGUGCGGGUCCUGAGGUGAUGCCCCGGAAGGCGGGUGGCGAGGAGGCGGGCGCCGAGGAGGACGGCCCGGAGGAGGUGGGCCAGCAAGAGUCGGACGCCGAGGAUUCCGGCUCGGAAGAGUCGGCCCCAGAGGAGCCGCGCGCCGCAGAGAUGGAGGCCGGGCGGCCUCGGCCCGUGCUGCGCUCCGUCAACUCCCGCGAGCCGUCGCAGGUCAUCUUCUGCAACCGCAGCCCGCGCGUCGUGCUGCCCGUGUGGCUCAACUUCGACGGCGAGCCGCAGCCCUACCCGACGCUGCCGCCGGGCACCGGCCGCCGCAUCCACAGCUACCGAGGUCACCUAUGGCUCUUCAGAGAUGCAGGGACAUAUGAUGGGCUUCUGGUUAACCAGACUGAAUUGUUUGUGCCAUCUCUCAACGUUGAUGGGCAGCCAAUUUUUGCCAACAUCACACUGCCAGUGUACACCCUGAAGGAGCGCUGCCUGCAGGUAGUGCGGAGCCUGGUGAAGCCGGAGAACUACAGGCAACUGGACAUAGCCAGGUCACUCUGUGAGGAUUUGGAGGACCACCCAAACGUGCAGAAAGAUCUGGAACGGCUGACCCAGGAGCACAUCGAGAAUCAGCAGUUGGAAGAGAAUGGAGGAUUUAAUUUCAAUUAGCAAUCCUGUUCUCAGUGUUUGAUGGCACUGGUGAGUUUUGAUCUAGAGGAUUUAGCAACUACUUACGCUUGGUAAAGUAAAAUAUGCUCCAUUUCUAAAAAGAAAGCGAAUGGACUCCAUGGGCUUGCAUUACCCAGGGGCAGACAUCACCCCUUGUCAAUGAAUCCCUGCUUGCUUCAAGUACUCAUCAGAAGGAAGAGUUACAUUCUUGCCUCCUGGCAGGGCAGGCACAUUUCAGCUAAGGGUGUUUGUGUGAGCAACACAGGAAGAACUACAGUGUGUUCUCAGUUGCAAGGGAGCUGGGCCCGCUGCUUCUAAUGGGUGUAGUGUGGUUGGAGGACCUGGUGUCCUUGACACAAGGACGGGCCUUUGUGUUCUCAGAGGUCGGGAGCCUUCAGUGCUUGUGUGUCCAUGUAUAAACCCACGGUGCUUUGGUGGAGAGUGUUCUGUGAGCAAGAGAAGGCAGCCCCUAAAGUAAACAGACUUCUUAAAGAGAAUCAUUUUUCUAGCAAGCUUUUUCUAAUUUUCUAGAUCUCACACUUUGCAUGGUGCACUCCUGUACCAAUGUUGUUUUAUUGUUUCUAAACCACACUAAGCUGUUGUAAUUAUCAGAGUGUUUUUAUAAUGUGACAUAGCAGAAAAAGUCAUCCAGUUUAAUUCUGAUAUUAAAGUUACUAUAGAUCACUAUAAGCUAGAUGUUGGUUGUUUAUGCAACAAGAUUGCUCUGUGUAACCUCAGGCUGGCUUCCAAUUACAUUCCUCUUCCCUCAGACUCACUGUGAUUCAGCAUUUGCAUUAACAGGACCUGGUCUCCCCUCCACUUGGGCCAAUUACUCCUUAGUAAGGUAGGAUGUUUUACAGUGUUUUGUUUGUUUGUUUUUUGUCGGUCGUGGGGCUUGAACUCUGGGCCUGGU